AUGGCUCACCCCGUCUCUGCACCGCCCGAAGUUGAGGCAACUCUCGCCCGCCUGACGAGCUACAAGGACGUUCAGGGAGUCCUCAUCCUCGCCCGACCAAACGGGAUCAUUCUCCGUUCCUCUGGGUCGCUCUUCGCUCUUCCUCCAUCCAGCGCGGCAGUAUCCUCCCCGCCACCUCGAGCAGAAGGAGACGAGGAGGGCGAGGAGAAGGAGGAAGAGAGCGGGCCGAAGACGAGCGAGGUGGCCAGGAAGUAUGCGAGGGCGGCGACGAGGAUGGUCGAGGCUAUUGGGAUCGAGGUUAGGGACUGCGACGAGGACAAGGCGGACGACUUGCGGUUCCUUCGAAUCCGGACAAAGCGACACGAGCUGAUCAUCACGCCUGACGAGCAGUACAUCCUGGUCGUCGUGCAAGACCCCGCGCACUAG